AUGUCUUCGUCUACUGUUCCUUCACAUCAGUACCACCCCCCACGGCAUCCGCACGCCAUCUCGCCCACAACUGCGAAACCUCCUACAACCCCUCCGUCGUUUGCGACCGGUUACAUCUACCCCUCAUCUACAUCUGCUGUUCCCACAACAGCAGCUUAUCGCUCGACUGGCCCACCUUCGAUUAUCUCAACAUCAUCCUCGCCCUCACCACGCCUCAACCCUGGACUAGCUGCCGCCCGCCACGUCUCAAAGGCAGCCUCAAGACUGAAGCGCAGCCGAUCAGACAACGCCAAAAAAUCAUCUGAACAGCUCGCAGACGAUGUUAUCGACGAGGGCUUCUUCUCGGGCCCCGGCUCACCGCCUCUGGAGCAGUACUACCCCCACCAUUCGGCAACCUCAGCUCACAAGGCACGUGGCAAGAUAAAGCCACUGCUCAAGAAGGUCAGUGGCUCGUCGCGUGGGAACUCGCUGGAUCUGUCAAGGUCGGAUGGGGGGCUCCCAGGUGGUGUCGGAUUGGGAAUCUUUGACAACGCAGGCGACUCAAGCGGGGUUGACGAGGAUUCGCCCUACUCCAACCGUCACAGACGCAACUUUUCCGGCACUAGCGGCAACUCGCCGUUGCUUGUUAAUGCACCCUUUGCACACCCUAAGCGACAGGUCCCCCGUCGCGGUGCAUACACGCCAGAGGUUUCACACUACAACACGUCCAACGAGUCGAGCGACGAGUCUGAUGAUGAGAGCAUAACCCGCCGUAACGUUCUGCAGGGAAGUGGUGGGGGCAGUAGGUCGAUCAGAGCAAGUUUACAGCUGAACACGGGCGGACGCAGCACCCCAAUGCUGCCCACUAGCAGCUUGACUGAUCUGCACAAUCGACGUAUCAGCACUAGCACCCUGACUACACCGGUCUCUCCCGUCUCGCCAUUGGAGCUUCCCCCCAUCAGAUCAUCGACGCUCGAGUCGGUCGUAACAAUCCCCCAGCAACCAUCGCCAACCGGCAGCAGAGCUCCCUCAUUGAUGAGGUCACGCAUCGGCCGCACAUCAUCCGAGACAACUCGCCGUGCAGUGCGUGAUCCGUCACCGGGAUUUGCAGCGUCUGUUACAGCAGCCCGUCUGGCUUGGGAGGCCAAGGAGGAGAAGAAGGAGGAGAAGAGGGAACGCAAGCGUAGGCGUUCAGAGGCCAAGGGUGAAGAGAGAUCACGUGCCACUUCUAGGUGUUCAGGCCGUGAAAGGGGCAACUCGGACGGCAGCAAGGGGACGGUCUGGGACGACGACGAAUUGCCAAACAGCUUCCCCGAGAAGGUGCUUGAGGAGGACUGCACAGAGGAGCGUGGAAGGCCAAGAGUUCAGAGUGCGGGAACCGGGACUGGAGGGAAGAGGUGGAGUGUCGGGAAGGAGAGGAGGCCCGGUUUCAAGAAGCGGUGGUUGGGCUUCGUGGUGUGGGUCAGGAUUGGCAUGGUGCGGAUGGGCAGGCGGCUGGGCUUCUAG